AUGAGGUUCAACAAGGCCAAGUUCAAUGUGUUGCACUUGGGCUGGGGCAAUCCCAGGUACUUAUCUAGACUGGGCAAAGAAGAACUUGAGAGCAGCCCUACGGCGAAGGACCUGGGGGUCCUGCUGAACAAGAAGCUGGACAUGAGCCAGCAGUGUCUCCUGCACUUUGCGCUCUUCCUGGACAUCUACCUGGCUGACCUCCUGGGCAACGGCCUCAUCCUCACCACUGUAGCCUGCAACCAUGGCCUCCACACCCCCAUGUACUUCUUCCUCCUCAACCUUGCCCUCCUCGACCUGGGCUGCAUCUCCACCACUCUCCCCAAAGCCAUGGCCAAUUGCCUCUGGGACACCAAGGCCAUUUCCUACUCAGGAUGUGUUGCACAGGUCUUUCUUUUUGUCUUCUUGAUCUCAGCAGAGUAUUUUCUUCUCACUGUCAUGUCCUAUGACCUCUAUGUUGCCAUCUGCAAGCCCCUGCACUAUGGGACCCUCCUGGGCAGCAGAGCUUGUGCCCAGAUGGCAGCAGCUGCCUGGGGCAGUGGGGUUCUCUAUGCUCUGCUGCACACUGCCAGUACAUUUUCCCUGCCCCUCUGCCAAGGCAAUGCCGUGGACCAGUUCUUCUGUGAAAUUCCCCAGAUCCUCAAGGUCUCCUGCACAAAUACCUACCUCAGGGAGGUUUGGGUGCUUCUGUUUAGUGCUUGUUUGACAUCUGGUUGUUUUGUUUUCAUUGUCUUUUCUUAUGUGCGGAUCUUCAGGGCUGUGCUGAGGAUGCCCUCUGAGCAGGGACAGUACAAAGCCUUUUCUACGUGCCUCCCUCACCUGGCUGUGGUCUCUCCUUUUCUCAGCACUUUCAUGUUUGUCUACCUGAAGCCCCCCACCAUCUCACUGUCUCUGGACCUGGUGGUGGCAGUUCUGUACUCGGUGGUUCCUCCAGCAGUGAACCCCUUUAUCUACAGCAUGAGAAACGAAGAGCUGAAAGUUGCACUGAACAAAGUGAUUUCGUUGACAUUUUCCACUGCUGCCCCCAUCACAUAUGUGUGCCACUGGGACUGA